CCGUAGAAAUAGUAUUAAAAUGUAAGCGCUCGCGAAAACACAAGUUCAGUUCAAAAUUGUCUAAAGAGAUUAAAACAAGUGUAAUAAUAAGUGCUGAAUUUUAUUUUACUAAUUUUUUUUAAUUAAAUGACGAAAUAAAGAAUUUGAAAAAAUUGUUUAACUACAAAGUUAAUUAGCACGAAUAUCUGACAAACGUUCAAAUAAUCAAAAUGAGUAAAAAUUUAUUUUUAACAUUAAUUGUUUUCGCAUGUUUAAUAGUUGAUGUCUUAAAUCAGCGUUUCAACCGUCAACAAGGGCAAUCGCAGUAUUGCGUGACACCUGAGAACUAUUACGGAACCUGUGUAGCUUUAAGCUAUUGUCCGCAGGUGGUAAAUGUAUUUCAGACAACAAAUCGUCGUUUGGCACAACAAUACGUAAUUGCCUUGCAGCGAAGCUGUGGUACACGCAGUAUUAAUGGCGAUCCUGUUGUUUGCUGUACACGGCCACAACAAUUAAUAAGAACAACAGAAGCUCCAUCAAAUCCCUUUUUUACCACAGCACAAACGUCACAAACAAAUCCUUCGAAUCCUUUCUUAAGACCUACUCCAUCGACGGAGCAAACAUUUUCAACAAACACGCCUAGAAGGACGACAACAACGACAUCUACUACUUCUCGACGCCCUCUUACGACAGAUGGCGUGAAUAAUAAAGGAAUUAAUUGUAUUGGUCCUGACCUGAAGAGAGGCAAUUGUAUAUCCCUUAAGAAAUGCCAAACGUUAGUCGAUGAAUUGCUGCAAAAGCAAAAUGAUGCAACUUUUGCCGAAUUCCUAAGGGCUUCAAAUGACAUAUGCAACGGUGUAGAACAAAAUGUUUGCUGUCCCAUUAAUGAAGUAACAGCCACUACUGGUAUUCCUUUACAAAGAGAUAACGAUAAUCCGCCCAGACGUUUGCCGACCGUGGAAGAGGGUUGUGGUUACACUUCGAGUAGUCAUAAGAAAAUCGUGGGCGGUGAAGUUAGUAAAAAAGGUGCCUGGCCUUGGAUAGCCUUAAUCGGCUAUGAUGAUAGUUUUUCAAGUACACCGUUUAAAUGUGGCGGUACUUUAAUCACCGCUCGGCAUGUCCUAACUGCAGCUCAUUGCAUUAGAAGAGAUCUGACCUUUGUGCGUUUGGGAGAACAUGAUCUUACCACGGAUGCUGAAGCUCGUCACGUUGAUAUACCUGUUGUCAGAAAAGAAUCGCAUCCUGAAUAUAAUAAACGAAACGGUCACAGCGAUAUUGCCGUUUUAUACCUGUCUUUCAAUGUCAAGUAUACAGAUUCCAUAGCACCGAUUUGCUUGCCCUUUUCAUCGGAAUUAAGGCAAAAAUCUUAUGUGCGGCAUACUCCGUUUGUGGCAGGUUGGGGUAAAACAAUGGAAGGUGGACAGUCCGCCAAUGUUUUGCAAGAACUGCAAAUACCGGUAUUCGAAAAUGAAGUCUGUCGUAUACGUUAUCAACAACAAAAACGUUUGUUUACCGAAAAUCAAUUUGACGAAGCGGUUAUAUGCGCGGGAGAACUUUCCGGCGGCAAAGAUACAUGUCAGGGAGAUUCAGGCGGACCAUUAAUGAUGCCUGAACCUUAUAAAAAUAAUGUACGUUAUUAUUUAAUUGGUGUGGUUUCCUAUGGCAUUGGCUGCGCCCGUCCAGAAAUACCCGGUGUUUACUCAAGUACACAACACUUUAUCGAUUGGAUUAUAGAAAAAAUUGCCGACACUGCGUAGUUAAGAAACCAAAGU